AUGGCUACUCUAAUUGCUGCCAAAGAUUCUUCUCCAUAUGAAGACGCUGAAACUAUCAAGAAGGCUUGCAAAGGAUUUGGGACAGAUGAGAGUUCUCUUAUAUCCAUACUAGCACAUCGAAAUGUGGCUCAAAGGAAACUUGUGAGGCAGGCUUAUGAAGAAAUUUAUCAUGAAGAUCUUAUCCAACAACUCAAAUCUGAACUUUCAGGAAGCUUUGAGAGAGCUAUUUGCAAUUGGACGAUGGAUCCAGCUGAAAGAGAUGCAUCAUUGAUUAACGAAGCAUUGAAGAAGGAAAGGGUACCAAAUUACAGAGUAAUUAUUGAGAUUGCUUGCACUAGAACUUCAGAAGAGUUUCUGGCUGUGAAGCGUUCAUACCAGUUCCUAUACAAGCAUUGCCUUGAAGAAGAUGUGGCUUCCACAACAAUCGGUGAUAUUCGUAGAUUGUUGGCUGCAGUUAUAAGCACCUAUAGGUAUGAUGGAGAUGAGUUCGAUGAGAGUAUGGCUCAUUCUGAAGCAAAUAUUGUUCAUCAAAUAAUUGAAAAGAAGGCUUUUAACGAUGAUGAAAUCAUUAGAAUUUUGAGUACAAGAAGUAAGAAGCAGCUAUGUGCGACUUUCAGUAUCUUUAGAAACAUGUAUGGCACGACAAUUACCAAGGGAUUAUUAGGCACUCCAAGUGAUGAAUACAUGGUGGCACUGCGUACUGUCAUUCGUUGCAUCAAGAACCCCCAAAGAUAUAUGACCAAGGUGUUAUGCCACGCCUUGAAUGAUUUGGUGACUGAAGAGCAUGCUUUGAGCCGUGUUAUCAUCACUCGUGCAGAGAAGGAUUUAAACGAAAUCAAAGAUCUUUACUUCAAGAGAAAUAGUGUCACCCUUCAUAAUUCUGUGGCUCAGAAGACAUCAGGAAAUUACAAGAAUUUUCUUCUUGCAUUGUUAGGAAACAAUUGA